AUGAAGCUCUCUGCUGUUGCCGUCGUCGCCGCCGCGGUUGCUGGUGUUGGUGCCGUGCCCGUUGAGUCUGGCCCCAUCGCCAGCCUCCAAGCCCGCGCCUCAGACGCAAUCGGCGGCGUCGUAAGCUUCAUCAAGCGCGAAGACGCCGGAAAACCUCUCGUCCCGCAAUUUAGGCGUUCCCCCAUCCGCUUCCACUCCGGCCUCGCGCACGAGGAAGCCAUGGCCGCCGUUGCCCGACGCGCCGACAAGAAUCCCGGCAAGAACGACCCGCCUCCGCCCCUGAACCCGUUCGGCACCGACGCGAGGAAGCGUGAGGCGCUGAUUGAGGCGCGCAAGAAGAAGGGGGAGGAGGAGGUCCCGCCGCUGGCGCCGUUUUCGACAAAGAGUAAAGGGGAAAAGAGGGGUGGUGACCUGACGACGAGGCAGAAGGCCAAGGAGAGCGUGCCGCCUUUGGCGCCGUUUUCUACGGGGGGAAGCAAGUCGAAGAAGGCUAUGAGGAUGUAG